ACAGGCGGCAGUAGUGACAAAGGGGGAGUGUAUUUUGUUUGGACUGUACCAUUUGUACAAACUUACGGGAGGGGACAGCUAAUAGCGGGUUGUUUGUUGUGAGAGCUAGGGGACGGCUUGUUUCAGUGAAAUCGCAGUUAGUCUUGCAUUGUUGCGGGUUUUCUCCUCAGUGUGAGUUAUUAGCUUUCUGCACUGAACUGUACGUGUUUGACUGUGGACUUUCCCGGCCCCUCCCCGCCGCCUCCGGCAGCAAUAUGUUCAAGAGGAUGGCGGAAUUCGGUCCGGACUCAGGAGGGAGAGUGAAGGGCGUUACUAUUGUGAAGCCGAUAGUGUAUGGAAAUGUGGCCCGUUACUUUGGCAAGAAGAGGGAAGAAGACGGCCAUACCCACCAGUGGACAGUUUACGUGAAGCCAUAUCGUAAUGAGGACAUGUCUGCAUAUGUGAAGAAAAUCCAAUUCAAGUUGCAUGAAAGUUAUGGAAAUCCUUUAAGAGUUGUUACCAAGCCACCUUAUGAAAUUACGGAGACAGGAUGGGGUGAAUUUGAGAUCAUCAUAAAAAUAUUUUUUAUUGAUCCAAAUGAAAGACCAGUUACACUCUACCAUUUGUUAAAGUUGUUUCAGUCUGAUACAAAUGCAAUGUUAGGAAAGAAGACCGUGGUGUCUGAGUUUUAUGAUGAAAUGAUAUUCCAGGAUCCUACAGCUAUGAUGCAGCAGCUUUUAACAACAUCACGGCAGUUGACACUUGGUGCAUAUAAGCAUGAAACAGAGUUUUCAGAGUUCGAAUCAAAGACCAAAGAGAAGAUGGAAGGCGCAAAGAAGAAAACCAGCUUUGAAAUCUCUGAUUUGAAGGAGAGGUUAAAAGCAAGCCGGGAAACUAUAAACUGUUUAAAAAAUGAAAUUAAGAAACUUGAAGAAGAUGAUCCGACUAAAGACAUUUGACAACCUCUGCGUCUUUCUUUUCCUAGCUGUUAGAUUUUCUGUAUAGUAUUAUCUUUGUACUGUUUCCUCCAUUUUGUCCUGUAAAUAUAUGUAUAUAUCUUUAUAAAUGUUGCUGUGCUCUAGUAUAUAAAUACAUUUUGCCCUCAGCACUUGUUUUUAUUUAGUAUGGGGCAGUUGCUAUGGUGUAAAUUGACCAGUAGGAAAACCUUAAAACGUCACCAAGCAAAGCCCAACAGAAAUAAAGACUGGUUGUUUCAA